GCGGUUAAUAAAACAGGAUGUUAAUUCCUUUUUUUCGCUUUAACUGAAUAACUGAAUAAGUACAAGGACGCUGAUCACAAUAUUUGUACUUUGGCUUAAUGUGUGCAUUCAAAAAAUUGUUUUGACGAACGUAUUUGAUCGGAUCUCAAAAUUUACAGAUUCAAAAAGCAUGAUGGAAACCGAGCAAAAUAACGAUUGCUGCAAAUUCUUCAGAAAGAUACAAGCCAAAAGUAUUGAGGUCGACGACCUUGGAAAAGCCAAAUCUUUUCAAAUAUGUAGUUUACGAAGACCACACAUGCGCGCCUUUCAUACAUCUUGGUUCUGCUUCUUUAUUGCUUUUACAGCAUGGUUUGGUAUUCAGCCACUUAUACCAACGAUAAGGAAGGAGCUGGGUCUCUCUAAAAAAGAAGUUGCACGAUCCGGUAUUGCAAGUAUUUCAGCAACAAUCGCUGUUCGUAUCUUUGUUGGUCCGCUAUGUGACAAAUUUGGUCCAAAACGAGUGAUGUCGGGCUUGCUGAUCGCAGGUGCCAUCCCUCUAGCAUUUUGCGGUUUAGUAAAAGAUGGGGUAGGUCUAAUCAUAAUUCGUCUUUGCAUUGGUGUACUUGGAGGUACAUUUAUACCUUGCCAGUUCUGGACAUCUGCUAUGUUCAAUGUGAAGAUCGUUGGUACUGCCAAUGCCUUAGUUGGAGGCUGGGGUAAUCUCGGAGGUGGAUUUACGUUCAUUAUCAUGACGGCACUAUUUGAACUGGUCAAGCUAUGUGGGGCUGAUGAAUUUCUGGCUUGGAAAGUUGCUCUCGUUAUUCCGGCUGUUAUUGUUAUUGGGUUCGGCAUACUCAUUUUAUGGACCUCGGAUGAUUGCCCACAAGGUAAAUGGUCACUGAUGAAGCAUCCCGACAAGGAAGGAUUUGAUAGACAGAGGGUAAAGUAUGACAAAAGGGCUUACAUAGAUGACGAAAUUAAAGCUAAACAGCAGGGGAUUGAUAACACAGCUUUUGAACAAAGUCAGAAUGCGACAAACUCAGUUUCUACCAUAGACAAAACAGAUAACGUUCCAUAUGUACAAGAUGACACGGAAGACAAUACAGAAGAUGGUUGUGAAGAGCAUUGGGUUUGGAAACACAUCUGGUUGAUCAUUACAGUUACAGUUCUUGUUAUCCAAUACGGCCUCUGCUUCGGCGUUGAAAUAGCAGUUAAUACAGUCAUGAACUUGUACUUUUUGUACAAAUUUGAGAAGGAAGGUUGUACAGAAGGAUUACAAGACGUUAUACAAACCAAUAGCACCACAAAUAUGACCAGCACUACGACCAUUGUACCGUCAGAUGAUCCAAAUCCUUGCAGUAUACUAUCACAGGACACCGCAAGUCUAAUUGCUUCUCUCUUUGGUUUGAUGAAUUUGUUUGCAAGAGCUCUUGGUGGAAUGUUUUCCGAUUUGUUGAGGAAAUACUUACAAAUCCCUGGCCGGUUAUUGGCGCACCUAAUAUGUCUGACAGGAGAAGGUGUAUUACUGAUUGUAUUUAGCCAAAUGGAGACAAUACCUACAGCGAUUAUAGCUAUGGUUGCUUUCAGUUUGUUUGUACAGAUGUCUGAAGGUUCUACUUUCGCCGUUGUUCCAUACAUUCAUCUACAACGUGUUGGUAUUGUUGCAGGAUUCAUAGGGGCUGGAGGAAACGCAGGUGCAUUGAUUUGGAACACGAUAUGGUUGAAUCUGGUUGAUACUGAUCCUAGUCGAUGGUUUUUACUUUUAGGUAUAUUUGUUCUUUGUGGAAAUGUGUUAACGUUAAUUAUUCAGGUACAGGGAAAGCGAAUCUGGGGUGUUUUCAAUAGACGCUCUUAUAACAAACGAUGGGUAGUCCAGAAUUAACCAGAUUAUUGUCAUAUUUCUUUUACUUAUUCCAAAAAAAAAACGACGAAUUUCGUGCAGAUUAACUUUUACUACAUGAUACAACUUUAAGAAAAUGUCUGAUUUUUUUAGAUUCAUGAAAAUCAAUAACCAACAUUUCUAAAGUAAUCCCUUAAUUACGGACUGAGAACUCGAAUAAAAAUUCCAUAAUGGGUCAAGUAUAAAUGAUACUGACCCUAUAAACCAUAUCAUCUAUCUGAAGUUUGAUACAUCAUCUUACAAAAUGUUAACGUCAUACACAUUUCAUAUGUAAAAAACUGUACAUAACAAGUGGUCACAUGCUACUGAAAAUGUGUUAUAACUUUUACUAAUUGACAUUGUCAGAUGAUACUACUUUUAAACAUAUUUGUCAAGUUGAAUUUUUCAAGCUCAUGUAAAACCAUGGUCCACAUUUCUAUAGUAAUUCUCUUACUGUAGACUGUGAAACCUGGAAAACCCGUUGAAAGUCUAGUAUACAUUGUAUUGUGUUUCUGAAAAUGAAUUAUUGCGUCACAACUCAUGUCGUUUACCUGGCAUUUGUGGUAUAUAAGUAAUUACAAGGCCGUUAGCGAAAAACUACACGUAACAAGUCGCUAUUUAAAGGAUAAAAUAAUAUGUCAAACAAAAGUUUUCGAAUGACAUUGAUGGUUUAGAGAUAUUGAAGUUUGUUUAGAAGAUGUAGAGGGUCAGGACAAGAACAGUUUCUUGGCAUGAUGUUAGUCACAACAAUCGAAUAUAAAGUAAAUAGCAAGAGGCGUGUCAAUUGCAAGAGGCGUGUCACUACACUGGACGAAACUGGCUAUAGUUAUGGAAUAGUGCUACGUGUUCUGUGUUAAAUCAAUUUAUUACGAGGCACAUGAAAUGUAUUUCGUGUAAAGGUGAUUAAUUGGAUUGAUAUUACAAAUACUGAGUGACAUCUUUUAUGUGUUCGUUGAAACCUUCCACCUUGCUGUUACAUUUUGACUUAUUUGAUAUGUAACUUACCUGUUUUUACAAACGGACUUGAAGGGAGGGUAUAAUACAAACUGAACAUUAAGUGUUAUGUUCAUAUCUUACUAAACGCUACAUUAAAGUAAUUGGCACAGUCCGUUUAAUUCAGGAUUUCCCUCGGAUUUAUUUUUAAAUUUUCUUUUCUAUCAACUUGCUCUAAUGCGUCUUUAUCGGAGUUUUAUAAACUUAUAUGCAGCAGGUAUUUACGAGGGUCUCGUAUCAGGAUGUUUUUUUUUGGAAUAAGGUCACCCGUAAAUCAAAAGUCACAUAACCAGUAAAUCCGUAUUGACUACAGUACACAUAUAAUGUGUAGAAUUUAUCUAACUAAUAUUGUUACAUAUUCAUUUUUAACUACUUUGUUUAUCAGCAAUGGAACAUCUUUCAAUAUUUUCCAAACAUAAGUGUUCAUUUCAAAUCAGGUAUGCGUACGUCACCUAUGACAUCAUGUUGAUGGAGGUCAUGCAGUCAAAAGUGCACCAACGUCAAUGAUCAUCUGCUAAAAUAAAAAUGAAUUAAUGUACUCAUGUAUUAAUCAAAGGGAAUAAGAAACAAAAGGUUAUUAGCUUUGCAUCUAAAAUGUGCACUCAUUCUUUUGCGGAUCAAUACUGCGACAUUAAAGUCACAGGAUAUCUCCUCUGCAAAACGUGUACGAAUCGGAUAGCCUGUAAAUGUACAAUUGCGUCAGCAAUGUGUUUGUUCUUGGUGCCUGUAAGGUUGACCGCCCUACGAUUGUUUAAUCCUAAUAACACAACUUCCAACACAGUGGCCGUCACCGAGUGGCAAUCCUGUGCGACUUUUUAUUUUUUUUUUAAUUUUUAUUACCUUAUUGUUACCUGUAAGGGUCAAAGAAUAUACGUCUGAUCAUUAUCAUUGUUUUGCUUGCUUUCGACAAAAUGACCAAUAAAUUAAAAAUGUGUCACUUUGUCACAUAUUGUCCAUUAGUUAUUCAUAAGUGUGUCCCUGUUCAACUUUUCUUCAUCAAAUCUUCUCAGUCGAAUAUACUACAUAUGUUUUGUAUCAAAUAUGUAUGCAAAUACUCAUCAGAUGUUCUCUUAUUGUGUUACCUUAUUCAUUAAAUUUCCUCUCUGUGA